UCAUCGGCUCAGCUCUGUCAAAACUCGGCGGUGCGUUACAGAAUCUUCGCGUUUCUGUCUCUAAAAGAAACCCCUGACUUCUUCUAUUCUCUCGCUAUUGCAUUCACACUGUAUAUAUAGAUACUCACUGUUUCCCCUCUUAUCUUUGAUUUUGGGAUCACAAGAAAACUGGGAAAAUUAAGUAAUUGAAAAACCGAAGAUCUGGCAAGAAAAGAAAUGGGAUCAUUGGAACUGAGUUUGACUUGUAGACAAUCGACGAUGAAGCCUUAUAUUCCCAAAACGAUCAGUGAAUUUCUUGCCGAAGUUUCGUUGAUUAUUAACUCAUCUGAAAGACUUUCGAAGCUCGAUGAUUAUGUCAAUAGGCUCCAAGAUGAAAUGAAGAAGAUCGAUGCAUUCAAACGAGAGCUCCCUCUUUGCAUGCUCCUCAUCACUGACGCACUCGCGAUAAUGAAGGGGGAGUUAAUGCAGUGCAAAAAAUCAAGUACUGAGCCAAUAUUGGAAGAAUUUAUACCAUUGAAGAAAAUUAGUAAUGAUUUAGACGAAAAAGCGGAGGCUCCAAAAGAUGAAAUUGUUAGCAGUAGAGAUAAAAUGAAUUGGAUGAGCUCUGUGCAGCUAUGGAACUCCGAUAAUCUAAAUUCUUGCCCAGAUAUUGAAUUCAGCAACAACAAGAAAGCCUUAAAUCGAGACAACAAAAGGAGAGUUGAAGAAGAAAAUAAUCGGCCUGUGAAUUUGAUGGAUGAUUUGUUUCAGUCUAGCAAUAACAGAACAGUGGGAAGGGCUUUUAUGCCUUUCAAGGGGUAUACUGAUUUUCCAGUGAUGACAGUGAGGAAGGAAGAUAGGGGUGAAUUGCCUGGAGCACCAGUGCUUUCUCUUAGUACACCUGGAAUUAAGAAUGGGACGGAUGAUAUGGAAUCUCGUGGUUUGAAUUCGAUAUCCAGUUGCAGUGGAUCAGGUUCGUCUUCUGCAGCUAAUUGUCUAUCGAAUUCAAGGGCUGGGCAGCAGAGGAAGCAGAGGAGAUGCUGGUCACCUGAAUUGCAUCGGCGUUUUGUCAAUGCUCUGCAACAACUUGGAGGAGCACAAGUUGCUACUCCUAAGCAGAUCAGAGAUCUUAUGCAAGUUGACGGUCUCUCAAAUGAUGAAGUCAAGAGUCAUUUGCAGAAAUAUCGGCUUCAUACUCGAAAAGUUCCUCCUACAACAAACAUCUCAUCGAAUCAACCCGUUGUACUCGGAGGUCAAUGGAUUUCCCAUGAACAGCACGGUGAAUCCUCUAAGCAAAGCAAUUCCCAGUCUGGUUCUCCUCAGGGUCCUCUACAGUUAGCUGGAUCGUCUCGAGGGACUUCUAUGACCAGAGGAAAUAGCAUCGAAGACGAAGAUGAUGAAAAGUCAGAGAGCCACAGUUGGAAAAGUCGCAUUCACUCGUGUGGAAGAGACGAUGUAUAGAUGCCCACCAUGAGUUUGCAGAAAAAAUAGCAUACCUGGGAGGAGUUAUAUCACUUAUAAACUCAAAAUAUGAUAUACAUACAUAAUUAUGAUUUUUUUUUAUGCAGACUAUGUGGAAUUUUGCAGGACUAGAUUUCCUAUCUAUCCAUUUUUGUUUGAGUUGUUGACUAUUCCUAUGUUUCAGCAUGAAGAACUUCAAGUUAAUUCCAUUUCUUGAAAUGAUGAACAAAAUGGUUUUUCGGUUUUUCAGGCGCAAACAAUCAAACGUCUGGAUACGAGAAGUUAAAAUUUUGUUCAUUGUAUUGUUUAAUCUUAUCUAAUAUUCAGUACUAUAUA